AUGGAUAUUUCUAACGACGGUGGCAUUCUUAAAGAAAUUCUUAUGGAAGGCUCUGGUGAAUAUCCGAAGCCUGGAGAUGAUGUCGAGGUCCAUUACAGAGGAACCUUAGAAGAUGGGACCGAAUUCGAUUCUUCUAUCUCUCGUGGCACUCCAUUUACAUUCAAACUCGGCCAAGGAUCUGUAAUUAAAGGGUGGGACCAAGGUGUAGCUACUAUGCGAGUUGGAGAAAAAUCAAUUUUGACCUGCAGAUCUGAUUACGCUUAUGGAGACAAUGGAAUGCCACCUAAAAUUCCUAAGAAGGCUACCUUGAAAUUCGAAGUAGAGCUAUUAAGAAUCAAAGAAGCAGACGAAGAAGACAAAAGUGAACUUGAAUACCAUGUCAGAGUUGAAAGAGCCAAAAAACUUAAAGAACAAGGCAAUGAAGAAGUGAAAAAAGGACAAUACUUGGAAGCAAGGGACAAAUUUUACAGAGAAGCUUUAUCUUAUAUAGAAGAUGAUCCACUCGAUCAAGAAGAUGUAAACGAAACUUCAAGAGAGCUAAAAACCUUGAAAACACAGCUUUAUUCAAAUUUAGCUAUUUGCAAUGUAAAACUAGGAGAGUGGGGAGAAGCCAUUAACAAUUGCAAUGAGGCAUUAAAAAUUGAGCCGAAUAAUAUCAAAGUCCUCUUCAGAAGAGCAAGCGCAAGAGUAAACUUUGGGCUUCCUGAAGAAGCUUUAGAAGAUUGUAAAGCUGGACUAGCAAUUGAACCUGAAAACGCUGAAUUAGCUUAACUUACUUAUUAAUAAAUAGCCUCUAGCCCUAAUUUUAACGCAAUUAUAGAUGAUAUCCAAUAGGGAGACUCAACCAAUUAGCGACCGUGUCUUCCAUCAGGGAUGGCAAUCUCUCCUCCUUGCCUUUCGGCUCCAAUAUUGAGUGGGCAUUUUCGAAUUUGUGCAGCCUUGCUUGAGACUGUUGAGUAGGGGAACAAGGGUUGUCUACAGAAAUCCCAAAAAAUUGAAUUUCUGGUCACUCUCGGCAAAAAGGGAAAACACAUAGCCCAGGGCGUAACUCCUGAUUUCACGAUGAUAAAGUGGCCGAUUGAUCUAGGUUUUGCCUAUAGGCAUUCCUGGGCGACUCCAUAUCUCCAUUCCCAGUGAGGUAAAAUCCAUUCUUGAAGCGGACUUGGGCUCGGCUCCGAUACGUUUAAGAAUUACUUAUCUAGUAUUGCUCUCAUUUCUGAGAUGUCAAAACCUUACCUGAUAUAAUUAAAUAUGCACUCGAAGGAAAUCAGUGUAGCUGACAGCGAAGCAUCGAGAUGUCACAUUUUAUUAUAAAAAUGCUGACUUCAAAGUAUUAAGGUCCAAGAUUAAUCAAAGACUUAAAGAAGAAAGAGAAAAAGAUAAAAAGCGAUAUGGGAACAUGUUUUCCAAGCUUUCUAUGUAUGAAGAAAAAAAGAUGCCUGAAAGACCUUAUCAAAUCCCUGCUGAGCCGAAUCCAAAUAAUCCAAAAUGCUUCUUUGACAUUACUAUAGGCAACGCAGCUCCCCGAAGAAUUGUAUUUGAGCUUUUUGCUGAUAUAGUCCCAAGGACAGUCGAAAACUUCAGAGCUCUUUGCACUGGCGAAAAAGGAGCCAACUCUAGAGGUAUCCCAUUAUCUUAUCAAAAUUCAAUUUUCCACAGAGUUAUCAAAGGGUUUAUGAUGCAAGGAGGGGAUUUCACAAACUUCAACGGCACUGGCGGAGAAAGCAUAUAUGGCGAGAAAUUUGAAGACGAAAACUUCAGGAUUCACCAUACACAGCCAGGACUGCUUUCUAUGGCCAACGCUGGUAAAAACACAAAUGGUUCUCAGUUUUUCAUUACUUAUGAAGCAACUCCACAUUUAGACGAAAAACAUGUGGUAUUUGGAAGAGUCAUUGAAGGGAUGGAAGUGUGCAGAGACGUAGAAAAUUUGAAGACUGGAGAACAAGAUAAACCUACAGAAGAAGUCAAAAUUGUGCAGUGUGGGCAGCUAAGUUAA